UUUCUUCAUUCGUUCGAGACAGUUCCGCAUUGGAUGUCAGCGAGGAGCAACGUCUGGGGGAAAGUUUCGCGAGUUUAGUGUCUUUCUCGGAUUUAAAACACAGUGUGAGACAUCAUCGAAAUCUCCAUAUUUAGUGCCCAGUCAUCUUCCCAUUCCGGUUAAUCAGUUUGUGCUAGAGAAGAAUAAACCAAACCCAGCUUCUUCAACAUGUCGGAAGUGAAAACCUUCUCGCUGGCGGAAAUCAAAGCCCACAACACGAACAAAUCCACCUGGAUUGUGAUCCACAACAAUGUCUACGACGUGACGGAGUUCCUGAACGAGCAUCCCGGCGGAGAGGAAGUGCUACUGGAGCAAGCCGGAAAGGAUGCCACCGAGGCGUUCGAAGAUGUUGGCCACAGCACAGAUGCCCGCGAGAUGAUGAAGAAGUUCAAGGUCGGCGAGCUGAUCGAAUCCGAGCGGAAGCAGGUCCCCGUUAAGAAGGAACCCGACUGGAGCACCGAGCAGAAGGACGAGAACUCCCUGAAAUCGUGGAUCGUGCCGCUGAUCCUGGGACUGCUGGCCACCAUCAUCUACCGGUUCUACUUUACUCAGUAACCUGCCAACGUUAGUGGUGUCUUGAUGCAGGCAAGUGGUGUCAUGCUCGGAGAGGAAGGCCUUUACGAAAUCGUGCCGAACGUUUUCUUCAUUCCAAAACAAAAAAAAACUCUAAGUCUACGACAGCUUAACGGGAGGAGAUGUGCUGUUGAAGGGUAAAUCACAAACAAAUCUUUUGCACACAUACUCACGCUCGUAUACACAAAAAAUAAGCCGGAACCACUUUCCAGACGACACCCGAAAGCAGGAAAUCAACGAGACCGCGUUCAUAAGUUUUAUCCAUUUUUGACUAGUUUACGUUAUAAGCAAAGGAUUUACACGUGUUGGUAAGACCAGGGCAAGGGUUCUACCGUAAAUAAUUCCAGUUCUACCUUUUUUCCCCGUGUAACUAAGGCGAUAUGUUCAGAGUUUAAUAUCAAUUCAAAACCUAACUUAUAAAAUUGCAUAUUUUGUAACGCUAAGGGGAAAAGUUUUCUACUGUGCUGAACUUUUUCUAGGAAGACCAAAAACGAAAAAAGAAAAAUAUAUUGUUUUAACCACUAAACAUUCUAGGCGCAUAAUUGUUGUUGACAAAAUCUGGAUUCCGAUCACUGGUUGUUGCAUUGAGAGAAAAUUAUGUUGACGAUUAGUAGGUUUUAUUUGCACUUGAUAGCAUUUUUCUGAUUCAGGGUUGUUUUUGAAGAUAUGUUUGUGCUUCUGUACGAAAUUUAGCCUAUUCUUGGGAAUAAAAAAGUCUAUAUUUGUA